AUGGUGGUGGAGGGAGAUAGAAACAUAGAGGAAGGGCUUCUUCUUCAUGAAAACGACAAAGAUGAUCGUCGCAUCACUUCUUGUGUUAUCCUAAGCACUUUUGUCGCUGUUUCUAGUUCCUUCAGCUAUGGUUGUGCUAGUGGUUAUACUUCAGGCUCUGAGACUGCUAUCAUGAAGGAGUUAGACCUUUCUAUUGGACAAUUUUCAGCGUUUGGUUCUUUCUUGAACGUGGGCGGAGCGGUGGGCGCCUUGUUCUGCGGUCAAAUGGCAGUAACCCUCGGCAGGAGACGCUCGUUGUGGGCCUGCGAUUUGUUCUGCAUUUUUGGCUGGCUCUCCAUUGCUUUCGCAAAGAAUGUCUUAUGGCUGGACUUGGGGAGGAUUUCCUUGGGAAUAGGAGUCGGCUUGAUUAGCUACCUGGUCCCUGUCUAUAUUGCGGAAAUCACUCCAAAACAUGUUCGUGGUGCGUUUACUGCUUCAAACCAGAUUCUUUCAAACAGUGGAAUUUCCCUGAUUUAUUUUGUUGGGACGAUAAUUAAUUGGAGGGUUCUGGCUAUUAUAGGUUCUAUUCCAUGCUUCAUUCAAGCGAUCGGUAUAUACUUUAUACCAGAAUCUCCAAGAUGGCUGGCUAAAAUCGGUUCGGCUAAAGAAGUAGAAAGUUCUUUGCAUCGACUUAGAGGGAGAGGCGCUAAUGUUUCAGGUGAAGCAGCUGAAAUUCAGGUUAUGACAAAAAUGAUUGAAGAAGAUUCGAAAUCUAGUUUCCGUGACAUGUUUCAGAAGAAGUAUAGACGAACUCUUGUGGUUGGGAUUGGUUUAAUGUUCCUACAACAAUUAUCUGGAGCCACUGGAAUCACGUAUUAUUCAAAUGCCAUAUUUCGAAAAGUUGGCUUUUCGGAGAGACUUGGGUCAAUGAUAUUUGGUGUGUUCGUGAUCCCAAAAGCCUUGAUGGGUGUAGUUCUAGUGGAUAGAUGGGGAAGACGACCACUCCUAUUGGCUUCCGCUGCUGGAAUGUCCAUCGGAUCCGCACUUAUUGGGGUUUGCUUCACGUUACAGGGAAGGAAUCUGCUUCCUGAAUUAACUCCAGUUCUCGUCUUCGUAUUUAUUCUGGUCUACUUUGGAAGUUAUGCAAUCGGUUUGGGAGGGCUACCUUGGGUCAUUAUGUCUGAGGUAAAUGACUUAUUUUAA